AUGUCGUCCAAUAACUCAAAAGAUGACCCUGCCGUGCGUAUCACGCGAUGGGGAUUAUAUUCGAAUGCCGGUAUGGUUGUGGUGAAGGGUGUGGGUGGCUAUAUGCUCAACUCGCAAUCCUUGAUUGCCGAUGCAGGACACUCUGUUGCCGACUUGGCUGCCGAUUUCCUGACGCUCGGGACAGUCUCAUAUGCUGCACAGGCCGUGACCCAAGCAUACCCAAACGGCUACGGCAAAGUCGAAACACUUGGGUCACUGGGUGUCGCAGGAUUCUUGCUCGUGGGUGGCCUGGGUAUUGGUUGGUCUUCUGCUGCGCAUGUCUUGAAUGAUUUGUUUGGGACACACAUCGAUGCACACUCGCACACGGCUGUUGAUCCAAAUGCUCUCUGGCUGUGUCUUGCAUCGCUUGCCGUUAAAGAAUGGCUGUACCGCGCCACUAUGAAGAUUGCCAUUGAGCAACGAUCAGAAUUACUCAAGGCUAAUGCGUACCAUCACCGUAUGGACUCAUUGUCUUCGCUUGUUGCGACAGUGGCAAUCGGUGGUGUUUGGCUAUGUGGAUGGACUUGGCUCGACCCAGUCGGUGGAUUACUGGUUGCCUUGACUAUCCUGAAUGCCGCUUGGCAGACUGCACGAGGUGCAUUGACUGAGUUGGCGGACGAGAGUAUCGAUUCCACCACGCGCGCAAAACUCACAACGGCAGCGGAGGAAAGUGUAGAAGCAUUGGGCAUUGCUGCCGUGAAGCAGGUGUUGGGUGUGCAGGGGCACAAGUCUGGCCCUAAUUAUGUGAUUCAAGUGGCUAUGGCUGUGGAAGGCAGUCUGCCAGUCAAGUCGUGCAAUGAGAUUGAGGAGCUUGUGGGCAAGUACAUGAUUGAGCAUGUGGAUGGCGUGAAGCGGGUGGAUGUCAGGUUGCUGGAUGCCAAGAAGGAGCAUGUUGCCUGGACGAGUCUUGACAAGACCAUUGUGGAGGAUGCUCACCAUGGCCAUCACCACCACUAG